CUUCCUCAUCACUGAACCACAAACCCCAGUACCAAAUACACCUAACCACUGAACCUCAACGAACACAAUUUCUUCGAAAGCCUCAAACCAUCAUCAGAGUAUCAACCCUUCAUAUCCAAAAUCAUCAAAAUGAAUCCAUCGCCCAAGCCCCUAAUCCCGCAGACCCAAGCCUUUCUUAUUCUCUAAAAUCGACCUCGACCUGUCGUCAGCUGUCGUUCCCAUUUUCUCAUGAAUCAAAUUCACUAAAAUCAGCUCAUUAAGUUUGCUGAUUAUUAGAGAAAACCCAAUCUUGAGAUAGUGAUAAUUAAUAAAAUAAAAGUAGGAGAAGCUCCCACCCUCCCCCAUGGCUUCAGCUCCUUCCAAGCUCUAUGCAGAUGAUGUUAGCCUUGUGGUAGUUUUGCUAGACACAAACCUAUUUUUCUGGAGUUCCUCUUCAGUCUCUUUCUCUCAGUUUCUUUCUCAAGUUCUUGCAUUUUUGAAUGCAAUAUUGACUCUGAAUCAACUGAACCAAGUCGUGGUUAUAGCUACUGGAUAUAAUUCUUGUGACUAUAUAUUUGAUUCGGCUUUGGAUUUGAACCGAGGUAUUGAGAAUGGGAGAAUGCCUGCUAUGAGCUCCAGCUUGUUGCAAAAGUUAGAGAAAUUUCUCAUUAAAGAUGAACAGUUGAGCAAGGAGGAACCUGAAGGAAGGAUUAAGUCUUCCCUUUUCUCGGGGUCAUUGUCAAUGUCUCUUUGUUAUAUGCAGAGAGUGUUUCGUUCAGGAGCCCUCCAUCCACAUCCUCGAAUCUUAUGCUUGCAGGGAUCACCAGAUGGACCUGAACAAUAUGUUGCAAUCAUGAAUGCAAUAUUCUCUGCCCAACGCUCUAAGGUUCCUAUAGACUCUUGUUACAUAGGUGCACAGAAUUCAGCCUUUCUACAACAGGCUUCUUACAUAACUGGUGGUGUACAUCAUAAGCCGCAAAAUUUGGAUGGGCUGUUUCAAUAUCUUAUGACUAUCUUUGCUACCGACUUGCAUUCUCGCAGUUUCAUACAUCUUCCAAAGUCUGUUGGCGUAGAUUUUCGUGCCUCAUGUUUUUGCCAUAAAAACACCAUUGACAUGGGCUACAUAUGUUCUGUAUGCUUGUCGAUUUUCUGCAAGCAUCAGAAGAAAUGUUCCACUUGUGGGUCAGUAUUUGGUCAAGCUCAAUCUGAGGUGGCUUCGGCAUCUGACAAAAAGAGGAAGACUCCCGAAACAUAAGUUAAGGAGGUUACUGAAGUUAUAUAAUCUACUAAAUUUGAUGGUUGUGUUCUUCAGAAAAGAGGGGGCAAUGUGUGAUUGCAGGCCGGAGAUGCUGUAUCUCUCACCAUGAAUUCCUCUGCUAAACCUCCAGAAGAAAUUGAUAGAUUGGGGAUAAGAUUUUAAUCUCCAUUCUUACUUCUCUGUUCAUUCACUGAACUGUUUAAGCUAAUUUAGCAGAAAACAUACUUUGUUAUUUGUAGAAACAUUCAGUGAUUCAAAUCUGCACUUUUAGGAACUUAGAAAUUAAAGGAAAAAAUUAUGGUGAAUCUAGCUUUGAUUAUGGACCUUUUUAUAACUUUGUUUUACUAAUUUUCUUGUGGUAAACCUUGCAACCUGAUAAGUUUUUGGACAUG